UAAAGAAUUAAAAUCAGAUGUUCAGCUUCAGUGUGUGUAUUAAAGCAAAAAAUAAACCGGAUAAACUCUCUCUCUCUCUGUGUGUGUGUGUGUGUGUGUGUGUGUGUGUGUGUGUUCGUGUUCCUCGAUGACGGCUGUAGAAGGCUGAAAGAUCUUCUCUUCACGCAUUCAGAAAUAUCUCUCUCUGCAGUGUGUGUGUGUGUGUGUGUGUGUGUGUGUGUGUUAGAAAGUGUGUUGGAGUGUUAGUGUGUGUUCGAGUGUGUUUUAGUGUGUGUGUUAGAGUGUUAGUGAAUGGUGAGGAAAGUGAGUGCACUGCAUCUUUAAGCCGAAGCGCUCCUCCUCUUCCUCCUCCUCCUCUUCCUCCUCCUCCUGCUGCUUAUUACAGCCUGUCAAAGUGCGGGGCUGUGAAGAAAAAAAAAAGGAAAAAAAAGGAAAAGAAAAGAAAGAACUGAGAAGCGGAGAGGAAAAGGAACACGGCGAGCUUCUUCACUAAAACGUGUGAAAACACGGCGAGCUCGCGCACUGACCGGAUGUGCUUUCUUCUCUCGUGGAGAUUAACGUGAACGCGCGUCGAGCUGGAGGAAAAGUGUAGUGUGAUUAGGAUUUUCGUGAUCUCGCGCGCUCGGUGUGUGUGUUGGUGAGUGAGCGAGUGUGUGAUAGAUAGAGAGAGAGAGUGUGUGUGUGUGUGUGUGUGUGUGAGAGAGAGAGAGAGAGAGAGAGAGAGAGAGAGCGCUACUUUGUGGUGAUUGAACUACUCGGAUGCUUUGAUCUGUUUGGGAAAUUUUGUUUGGUUUUGAAGAGCGCGUGCCCGGAGCUUCUCAGGGCGCAUGUUGGUUUCUUUACCCCCCGUGAUUAGAAUUCGGUUCCCUCCAACAUCACCUACAUCACCACCACCACCACCACCCCGAUGCCCCAGCAGCAGCCCUGAUGUGGGGGAAAAGUGCGGCAUGGCUGCAGGACGAGCUGGAGUCCGGACUCAACUCUCUACUCCUGCUCGACUGCCGCUCUCACGAGCUUUACGAGUCCUCUCACAUCGAGUCCGCCAUCCACCUCGCCAUCCCGGGCCUCAUGCUCCGCCGCCUGCGCAAAGGCAAUCUGCCCAUCCGCUCCGUCAUCCCCAACGACGCGGACAAGGAGCGCUUCAUCCGCCGCUGCAAGAGCGACACCGUGCUGCUGUAUGAUGAGAGCGGGGAGAGCGGGGCGGCUGGUGUGGGGAGUGCGGGCUCGGUGAUCGGGCUCCUCAUGCACAGACUCCGGGAAGACGGCUGUAAGGCCUACUACCUGGAGGGAGGGUUUAAUAAGUUUCAGACGGAGUACCCAGAGCACUGCGAGACCAACCUGGACUCAUCGUGCCCGAGCAGCUCUCCUCCCGUCUCGGUUCUGGGUCUGAGCGGAUUAAAGAUCAGCUCCGACGGCUCGGAUGGAGAAUCGGACCGUGAGCCGAGCAGCGCCACAGAGUCGGACGGCAGCCCGUUACCUAGCAACCAGCCUGCGUUCCCAGUCCAAAUCUUGCCCUAUCUGUACUUAGGCUGCGCUAAAGACUCCACCAACCUGGACAUCCUCGGCAAAUACAACAUCAAGUACAUUCUGAACGUGACACCCAACCUGCCCAACAUGUUCGAGCACGAUGGAGAAUUCAAGUACAAACAGAUUCCCAUCUCGGAUCACUGGAGCCAGAACCUGUCGCAGUUCUUCCCCGAGGCCAUCUCCUUCAUCGAUGAAGCACGCUCUAAGAAGUGUGGUAUCUUGGUGCACUGCCUGGCGGGAAUUAGUCGCUCAGUCACGGUGACGGUGGCGUAUCUCAUGCAAAAACUCAACCUGAGUCUAAAUGAUGCUUAUGAUUUCGUGAAGCGCAAAAAAUCCAACAUCUCGCCCAACUUUAACUUCAUGGGGCAGCUGCUGGACUUCGAGCGGACGCUGGGUUUAAACAGCCCGACCUGCGACAACCGAUCGCCCAAGGAUCAGCUGUUCUUCACUACGCCCACCAAUCACAACGUGUUCCAGCUCGAUACGCUCGAGUCAACGUGAAAACACGCCAAAAUAAACAUUUUUGCCUCCAGGAGAAACUUUAGAAAAACGCAAUUCGGGCAGCGUUGAAUCGUAAAAAUUGCCCGGAAAAUUGAUUGUGAAAGCAGAACCACGGAAACACAGUUUGGGCCGUCACGGCAGCUUUUCUCGCCUUUCUGAAAUGGACUGUUCUCUUUUUUUUUUUUUUUUUUAUUAAAAUAAAGAGGAAACAAGAGACCAAAUGAAACCAGACAAAAACAACAGAAACUGAUUUGUCAUCAAGUUUUUACAACAACAAACUUCCUGUCCUGGAAUGAUGGGUGCCAAUCUGGAAUUUCUUAUUUUUUAAUUUAAUUUUUAAAAAAACAACAAAAAAAACAGGAUCUUGAGAAAGAAAAUUCGCUCUACUAAAUGUAGGGUUUGGGAUUAAAAAAAAACAACAAAAAAACAAAGACAAACACAAAACAAGAUUAAAAUGCCAUACAUCUCGACCAACAGCUACAGUUUCUAAAAAUUCCUGAUUGUAUCUGACCAACAAUAACGACGUGUCUGUUUGUUCAUGGGAAAUUCCUUGUUUUGUUCCUAUGUUUUGACCUAAUGCGCUUUGCACAGAGGAAGCAUUUUACUCUUAUGGCACUUGAAACUGGUACACAAAUAAAAAGAGACAUUUCGAGGUUGUUAAGGUUGUUAACAAAUGGCUCUUAACGAACUUCCUCACUUUCUUCCUAAUGAACGUGUUAAUUUCUUUAUUGACUCACGCUCAGGCCUUGGCUCUCGUUAAUAUACAGUAUCAGAACCUGACGUAUUUGAGUGUGUGACGUUGCUGGUAAACGAGUGUUUAGGAUCGUUUUUUUAACUACUCUUGUCGCUCCUGCGUUAAUGGGACGACAGAAAGUGUGUAGCGAGAGCGUUUCUGCAGGAAGAAACAUUCGAUCGGAGUCAAAGGGACAUGUACGAGUUCAUAGGAUCGCUUUAACCGGCCUUAUAUAACCUUUUUUUAAUUCUUUCUUAUUCUGACUGUUCAGUACUUAUUUGUAUCUCACUUUAGAAAUCGUCAUAAACUUAUUAAAAUAAAAGUGUUCAUUUUUAAAGGAAUCAAUAUGUAGUAAUAAUGACAGCUAAUGGUCUCUAACGGGUCAGUCGAGGUUGUAUUUGUUACUUCUGCAAUAUUAUCCAAACCAACUUUGCAGUAUUUUAUACAGUUGGAAAAAAAAAACACCUCGGGUUUUUAAUUCCUCUUUUGUACAAGUAUUUCACAAUUUCACACUAAAACGUACAGUGAAUUUCUCAAUCCUGCUUCAGAACUGAGGGAACUUUACUUCCCGAAGUUAACCUUGGCAUGUGCUGAUAAUCGGUUAUGAGAUAUAUCACAAUAUUUAAACAUGUUUUGUUAUUGUGGAUGCACCAAAAUACAUCCACGUUCAGACUUCUGUCUUUUCUGAAAAGGGAACCCCAUAAUUCUGUUCACUGAGAGUUUAAAAACCACAGCAUUGGACAAGAUUGUUGCUCAGUCUGAGGAAUACGAACAUGAAUAAGUUAGCAUCUUUUAGCUACAGUUUUGAGCAAAAGUUAUUUGCACUCAUCAAAAGUUAUUCAAUUACACUAAGCUACUGUAGCACAAAACAUGACCAAAAUUUCUAGCAUGAAUUACCAAAUUAGAUUGUUAUGAGUUGACUUGAUUUUUGCUAACAGGAACAUAUCACAAUAUUGCAAUAUGAAAACUCACCGAAAUAUCAGCACAUGACCAGACAUCACACAAUAUAAAUUCAUCACGUCAUCAUUGCUAAUAACUGAUUUAUUAUUAUUUUUUGUUUAGUAUUCGAUUGCAUCUGGUUCUGUUUCUAAACCCCACAAAUCUCAAUAUUGAUAUUCCUGUGGCCUUUUUUCAAUGUAUUUCAAUAUAUCUAAUAUAUCUAUAUAUAAAUAUGAAUAUAUAAAUCUAUAUUUUAUGCAGAUAUGCAACUGUCUCCUCAUGAAUAAUUAACGAGGAGGACUAUUUCUCAUGCUUGAAACGACUUUUUAUCUGUUAGGAAGUUGGUGGCCAAUAACAAUAAGGAAAAAUGAGGUUUGAGACUCGAGACAGGCUGAAGUGGGAUUUUUUUUUUAAUUAUUUUAUUUAAAACCGGUGUGAUUCCUCAUACAAAAAAAAAAAAAAUCAGUAA